UCAGCAGCAGGGGGAGCAGCAGGAGGGGGAGGAAAUGUCCCUCGGUUACCCCGGGGGGGUCUUGUGGGUCCCUCCGUGUUGAGCGACCCGGCGCAGGCUCAGGUGUUGCUGCAGCUGACCCGGGCGCUGGCGCUGACGGGGCGCAUGGAGGAGGCGAGCUCGCUGCUCGACCGAGCCAUCGCCCUCGUCACCUCCUCACACGCAAAGGAAGCACCCGCAGCCAAUCGCAACAGCGGUGGCGGUGGUGGAGGCGGUGGCGGUGGAGAUGUGGUUACCUCCUGGUUCGAACGAGCGGUGGCGGAUCGGCUGCGCAUGGGACAGCUUGAGCUAGCAAGCAUGGCUGCACCCCCACCUCCUGCUGCUGCUGCUCCUCCUCCAACUGCUCCUCUUCCUGCUCCUCCUUCCCAAGCGCCACCAACAGCAGCAGCAGCACCACCACCACCAGCAGCAGCAACCGAAGCAACAACAACAACACCACAAACAGCCGCACCCACCUCCUCCUCCUUCGCGCCCCCCCUGGCCGCCGCCCAGGCCGCCGCCCUCCGCUCCCUCACCUCCCGUUGGCCGUACAGUGUGGGGCUGUGGAACCUGUACUGCAGCGCGCAUGCGGGUGGGGGAGACCUUCGCGCCUGGGCCUCACACGUCAGCGCGCUGAGGCGGCGACACCCCACCAGCGUACCGCUCAUGGUGCUGCAGGGUCACGUCUUCCUGCUCGCCCGGCAGUUCAGCGAGGCCGCCUCCGAGCUAUUCCACGCCUACCGCUUCCUGCCCGGGGAGCCGCUGCUGCUGCUCUGCCUCUCCGUCGCGCUGCUGUCGGAAGCCAUGGCCACCACCGCUACCAUGCCCCUCCAACCCGCACCCCAACAACAGCAGCAGCAGCCGUCGGCGGCGGCAGCGGCGGCGGCGGGGGUGCAGCGGGGACGGGGAGGAGGUGCCGCCGCUGCCGCGGCGGCGGCGGGAAGGGAUCGCAAUCGGGGUGUGCUCGCGGGGUUUGCGUUCCUGCAGGCGUAUCAACGCGCGAGAGGGGAGGCGUUGAGCCAGGAAGUCGCGUUUAAUUUCGGUCGCGCGGCGCAUCAGCUGGGGCUGCUGCACAUCGCGCAUGCGUACUACGAAGCGGCGUUGGCGGCGCCGCCGGCGCCGCCGCCGCCGCCUCCUGCACUGCUGGUGCCGGUGGCGGUGUGUUGGGCUCUUCUCGUUGGGACUUGCGACGAGAGGUGGCUCACAACCUGGUUCAGUUGUACCGCAGCAGCGGGGCAGUGGAGCUGGCGCGGGAGGUGAUGGAGAGGUAUCUGGUGGUGUAGGAGGGGGAGGGGGGGAA